UGACGCCACCGCCCCGGGGCCCGUCUAAAGCGCGGCCUCAGGCCCGCCCUGCCCGCAGAGUCCCAACUCCAUGGGCCCGGAGAAGACGUACUAGGAGCGCAGGCUCCCCGCUUGGACUUUAAAACCUCGGCCACGCCACCGCCUCCUUCACCGGCGCCCCAAAAUCGGAACCGAGAACGCGGUAUAAAAGAAACUUUUUCAGAAAUAAUGGCUAUUCCGUUCUCAAACACCACUCAACGCAUUCCUCCAGGAUUUGCCAAUCUGCUUGAAGGGCUCGCCAGGGAAGUCUUAAGAAACCAGCCUGAUGAUAUACCAACUUUUGCAGCCAAGUAUUUUGAAUCUCUCCUUAUUCAAAGAGAAAAAACCGGAUAUGAUCCAACUGAAUGGGGAGCAAAACUAGAGGAUCGAUUCUACAAUAACCAUGCUUUCAAUGAACUUGCACCACCAGGAGAUGGAGUGAAAAGGGAAAAGAAAGAAGAAACUACUGAAAAACCAAAGGAAGAAGAACAACCGGUAGUGGAUAUUGAAGGGACCUUAUCGGAAGAACAAGCUGCUAUAAAAAUCCAGUCCAUUUUCCGAGGAUACAAAGCAAGAAAAGAAGUGAAAGGCCAAGAAGGAGAAGAUGAAGAAGGGAAGGAACCUGGAGAGACAGACAAAGAAGCUGGGAAGGAGGUAGCAUCAAGUGAGCCUGAUAAAGGACCACAGUAAUCAGACUCACCAGUUCCAUCCACAGUCCCAUAUUCAAACAGGCGUAAGGCGAAGUCCCACUGGUCUGCUAGAAACAACCUGCCAAGUUUAUUAAAUAAACCAUACAGUUUAAAGCUGCAUGCAAUCUUGGUGCUCAUCAGCGGAUCAAUAAACUGACCCUGUUUUCAUGCGGAAAGAUCUUUUGAUGUAAUGG